GUUGUUUUCUGUUGUUCACAUUCAGUUUCGUUCCGGAAGUCAUACAUAGUGCAAGCUUCGCUGAUUAACAAAACUUAAUUCGUUAAUAGUGAAUAAAUACCAAUAAUAAAAUGACUUUGCAGUUACAAAUUGAAAAGCUCAAAGGACUCGAUAAUUAUAAAGCUUGGUCAAUGACAGUACGAGCCUAUUUAGAGUCCGAAGAUUUAUGGACGGUUGUGGAAAAUGGCCCCGAAAAUAAUGAAGAGUCCCUACUCAAAGACAAACGAGCUAAAUUCAUCAUUUUGUGUUUAAUCGAGACGAAGCUUUGCCAAUUUAUGGUGAGCAUCCGCACAGCCCGUGACUUAUGGACCUAUUUGAGAACACAACAUUCUCUUCGUUAAAGCCAAAUACACUGGAACAGACCCAAAAUAAAUGUAUUAAUAAUUGAAUUAUAGGUAUACUUUCUAUAAUAAUUUAGAGAUAUGUGAUAGCAUUAGUCUCAUUAUUGUCAUAGUGAUAAAAAGAGAGUAAAAACACUUUUAAUUUUCUUAACACAACUACAUAUGUAUAUGAUGUACUGUUAUUACAAAAAUAAUAAUAAACCUUAAUGACAAUUAAUACGAAUAAAGAUAGCGAAUAAAAUAUAUACAGUCGAUGCCAAAUUUGAACCUUCAGGAAUUAAAAUUUCCAGAAAUUAGAAUGAACGCUCUGAAAUUAGAAUCGAAUAUUCAAACAGGAAAACAUAUUUAAUGUGUGGAGUGCAUCUCUAUGUUUGGUUAUGUUGCAUCUAUUUUUUAUUUAAUGAAUACUUACAUAUUGUAUAUGCUUAAGUAAAAAAGAACAUGUGAUAUGUAGGUAUUGUACUGGAUUGUUGCCUUUUGUUUUAUGGUUUUUAUACUCUUGCAACAUGUUGCUACAGAGCGUAAUAGUUUUGUUCACCUAACGGUUGUAUGUACGU